AUGUUGCGUGUCGAUUUCUGCGGCCUUUUCUGUGCCCUCCUCGUCUACGGUUGUAUAUUUUAUGCUGAUUAUGUUGUUAUACGAUGGCUAGUUUAUCCGACUUUAGUAAAUACGUAAGUUGUUUACUGUGUGUAAAGUCAUUUUCGUCAUGUUAUGAUUUUUUUUUAUUUAUGAAUUUUUAUUGUUCGUGAUUAUUUCAUAUUGUUUUAGAUUCUGGGGUCUUUUUCACAUAUGCGCAUUCAACGGCCUUCUGGGUAUGGCUGUUCUCGCCCAUCUGAGGACCAUGCUGAGUGAUCCGGGAAUAGUCCCGCUGUGCAGUCAAACCAUUUCUCAGAAACCGAAGCCUUUCUCCAGAGAUAAUGAUGACUCCGACUAUUCAGACUCGGAAACAGAAUUAUAUCCGGCCAAGAAAGACAGUUAUGUGGUAAGCUAUACGUUUUCACACCAAGGUUUUUUUAAGUAAUUAAUGUAAAAUUUUUAUAUUUGGAGUUGGUAAUUAUCAUAAAAUUCGUUUCAGGGAGAAGAUUGGAGUAUAUGCACGAGGUGUCAGAGCUAUCGACCACCUCGUGCCCAUCAUUGUAGGAUAUGUAAACGAUGUGUAAGGAAGAUGGAUCAUCAUUGUGAGUAAUUGCAAAAUUGUUUCACUUUUUGAUAUUAAAAGUUGGUAUUGAUUUCAAUAUUUCAGGCCCUUGGGUUAAUAAUUGCGUUGGAGAACUGAAUCAGAAAUACUUCUUGCAAUUCGUGUUUUAUGUUGGAAUCCUUGCGGGAUAUGCUUUUUUGUAGGUUUUGUUUGUUUUUUCAAUUCUUUUUUUAGUAUCAUCGCUUUGUCGUGGUUAUAUCACGAUGAAAAAGGAGAGACAGGAAUGUAUGGGCCAAAUGGAGAGAUGGCUAAGCAUUAUAAAGUGUGAGUAACUAUACGUUUCCAUUACUUUAUAACUAUUAUUUAUAGUAGUAAAUUAUAAUUGGGCGUUGUUGUAGGAUACACACAAUCGGGUUGUCCGUUGAGAGUGCUCUCUUCGGGCUUUUUGUUCUGGCCGUCUCUUGUGAUCAGGUUGGUAAAUUCUGUGCAUUUAUAUAAGUUUAGGUCUAGUGUUGCACUAUAAAUAUUUUGUUUGGCAGAAAGUAUAAUGUUGUUUCAGAUGCAAGCCAUCUUCAACGACGAGACCGUGAUCGAAGCCCUUCAACGAGGCUUCAACCGGCGUCGUCGUCGCCGAAGAGGGAAAUGGCACCUACUACAAGAUGUCUGCGGCCCUUCCCAUUGGUCUCUCUGGAUGCUCCCCUGCGUUUCCCUUCCCGCCCGACGAGAAUUCAUCAGAUUCGCCCGGAACGUCCGUGAUUUGAAUGUGUAG